AUUACCGUGAAACCUCUUUUAGGGUUUUUAUCCCAAAAAUUCAUUUCUAACUCAAGCUUUUUCGAAUAAUGGGUGAUGAGAUUCCGCCGCCGGCAGAUCAACUAGCCGCCGUCUCAUUAGGCAGCGAUGGAGCUUCGUCUUCGACGGUGCAGAAAGCUAGGUUUUCGGAUCGUGUCCGUAUUCGAUCGAUUUUAGGUCGACCCGACGGCGGAGCUGGACUUGCCGGUCAGAAUGUCCGAAUCAGCGGGUGGGUAAAAACGGGAAGGGAGCAAGGAAAAGGGAGUUUCGCAUUUCUCGAGGUGAACGAUGGAUCAUGCCCAGCGAAUCUUCAGGUUAUGGUGGAUGCAUCUGUAUCAGAUCUCUCCAAGCUGGUCGCGACGGGAACUUGUGUCACCGUUGAUGGAUGUUUGAAGAAACCUCCUGAAGGUAAAGGUACGAAGCAGAAGAUUGAGCUCAGCGUCCAGAGUGUGAUUGCUGUGGGAACGGUGGAUCCGGCUACGUACCCGAUUCCUAAAACGAAGCUUACUCUAGAGCAUUUGAGAGAGUAUCCUCAUCUUCGUUCAAGGACCAACUCGAUCGCAUCAGUCAUAAGAAUCCGUAAUGCGCUUGCUUUUGCGACCCACAGUUUCUUUCAACAAGAGGGUUUUGUGUACGUUCACACUCCUAUCAUCACAACAAGUGAUUGUGAAGGUGCUGGUGAAAUGUUCCAAGUAACAACCUUGAUCAACCUAAUGGAGAAGGUGGAGAGGGAUCUCAUUAAGAACCCACCGCCCAGCGAGGCUGACAUUGAAGCUGCCAAGCUCAUUGUCAAGGAGAGAGGUGAAGCUGUAGCGCAGCUCAAAGCUGCCAAAGCAAGCAAGCAAGAGAUCACUGCUUCCGUUGCUGAACUCACUGCAGCAAAGGAGAGUUUAGCUGGGCUGCUAGAGAGGUCAAAGCUUAAGCCUGGUUUAGCUAAAAAAGAUGGAAAAAUCGAUUAUUCCCAAGAUUUCUUUGGUCGCCAAGCUUUCUUGACAGUUUCUGGUCAGUUACAAGCGGAAACCUAUGCUUGCGGUCUUAGCGACGUGUAUACAUUUGGUCCGACUUUCAGGGCAGAGAACUCUCACACCUCAAGGCAUCUUGCUGAGUUCUGGAUGGUUGAGCCUGAAAUAGCUUUUGCUGAUCUUGAGGACGAUAUGAACUGCGCAGAGGCAUAUGUGAAAUUCAUGUGCAAGUGGUUGCUUGAAAAAUGCUACGAUGACUUGGAAGUUAUGGCUAGGAAUUUCGACAAAGGAUGCAUCGACAGGCUAAAAUUGGUUGCCUCGACUCCGUUUGAGCGUCUAACAUACACCGACGCAAUAAAGCUACUUGAGGAAGCUGUGGCUCAAGGAAAGGAAUUUGAGAACUCAGUGGAGUGGGGAAUAGACUUAGCAUCUGAGCAUGAAAGAUACUUGACAGAGGUUAAGUUUCAAAAGCCUCUAAUUGUCUAUAACUACCCGAAAGGAAUCAAAGCUUUCUACAUGAGACUUAACGAUGAUGGAAAGACAGUUGCUGCCAUGGAUGUCCUCGUUCCAAAGGUUGGAGAACUCGUUGGAGGAAGCCAAAGAGAAGAACGGAUUGACGUCAUCAUUAAAAGGAUAGAGGAGAUGGGUUUACCACUUGAACCAUACGAGUGGUACCUUGACUUGCGUCGUUAUGGAACAGCUAAGCACUCUGGCUUCGGACUUGGAUUCGAACGUAUGCUUCUCUUCGCUACAGGAAUCGACAACAUCAGAGACGUUAUUCCUUUCCCUCGCUAUCCUGGACGAGCUGAUCUUUGAGUCCUCCCACCUUAUUCCAAAAUUUACAAACACUGUUUUAUUUUGUUACUUUAUUAGCUGGUCUGGUUUUGAGAACCGAUUUCGUUUUAAAAGUUUUUACGUUGGUUAAUGAAUGAAUUGGAUUUUUGACUU